AUGGCAGAAAGUCUGGAAGGAAGCAGAGAUAUGGAUUGUGACAGAAGAAUGGAUUCAUUGGGUUAUUCCAGGGAACAGGUUUCUCUUUCCGGAUUGUUUAUUUUUCGGCAUGUGAUGUCCUUAUCUGAAGUGUCUCAUCUUAAAUUUGAAAUUUAUGGGUCCUUAUAUUACCGAGUUUCACUCUUCGACAGAUUUAUUCAUGAUUACCGUGAAUCAGCCGAACCUUCUACCUAUGACUCGCAUGAAAGUGAUACUGCGAUAGAUGCUGCACUAAAGAAAGAUUUCAUUAAUGUAGAAAGGAGACUAACGAAAACCUUCUAUGUCAUCAAAAAGUUACCCAAAGCAGAGACUUCAAAUGGAUUGUGCUUGCGUAUCGAAUCCAUGCUGGAGAUUUUUAAAACGUUAAAGAUCGUAAAAGAGGAUAAUAAAGAAGAGUUCAGUUUGCAUAACGUACCUUUACCGGAUUAUGAUGCUGCCGAUAUCGAAUUAUUACUUGGUAAAGAUUUUGCAUCGACACAAAUAACGCAUAAUAAUGGUUUGUCAAAAUUCAAAGAGAAACUGCGGAAACAAAUUAUCGGCAAUAUCCAAAUGGCCAAAAUUCUAUUGGAGGAAUGUGAUGAAACUGUGUCUUUAUACCGAGAGAAAGGUGGCUGUUUUGAACGGAAUUCUUAUGAACCUUGCCGAAAAUCAGUCAGAGAUUAA